CUGCCUCACUAGCAAACAGUGCUCAUCCGCCUAUAUAGCUAGUGGAACACUCUUCAAGUGCCACUCACUCGCAACUCGCAAGCACAGCACGCGCGUACAAAUUUGAACUCGUUCGGACUCGGAAGCGAGAUCAUGGGCAGCUCGUUCGGGCUCGUGGAUUUCAGGGGGAGGCCGGUUGACACCAGUAGGCAUGGAGGAGUCAGAGCUUCCAUGUUCAUUUACAUCAUGGUGUGGCUCGGCAACGUGGUCAACAUCGCCAACAGCAUGAACAUGGUGAGCUACCUCCGCGGGACGAUGAACAUGGGCGUCGCCGCGGCGGCGACCACCAGCACCAACUUCGUCGCCGCGCUGCAGAUGUUCACCAUCCCGGCGGCUUUCCUCGCCGACUCCUACGUCAAGCGCUUCUACACCGUCCUCAUAUUCGCCCCCGUUGAGAUUUUGGGUUACAUCCUGCUAGCCAUCCAAGCACACGUCCCCUCGCUUCACCCGCCGGCGUGCAGCGUCAACGAGCCACAUAACUGCGAGCCGGUGCACGGCACCAACCUAAGUCUGCUUCUCCUUGGCAUGUACAUGAUCUGCAUCGGUGAGGGAGCCAUCCGGGCAUGCCUACCAGCGCUCGGUGGCGACCAGUUCGACAAUGCUGACGCCGUUGAACGGCGGUUGGAGUCGAGCUUCUUCAACUGGUCCACCUUCUUUGUGUCAAUGGGAACCUUCUUCGGGCUCAUCUUCGUCGUGUGGCUGGAGAACAACAAAGGAUGGGGUGUUGGCUUUGGUGUCUGCGCUGCGAUUGUGCUGCUUGGGUUGCUCAUUUGGGCUGCUGGGUUCCCCUUCUAUCGCAACCAGGUGCCAACUGGGAGCCCCAUCACUAGGAUUAUGCAGGUAAUUAUAGUAGCAUGCAAGAAAAGGAAUCUUAAGCUACCUGGGAGCCCUGAAGACUUAAACCAGAUGAGUGACGAUAAUGCUAAAGGCCUCGAGGUGCUACACAGAACAGAAGGCUUGCAGUUUCUGGACAAAGCAGCAAUAAAAAUAGAGAACGGGGCAAGAGGGCCAUGGUCGCUCUACAACGUGACCCAGGUGGAGGAGACCAAGAUCAUGUGCCGCAUGAUCCCGAUCUUCGUUACCUCAGCGCUCGGCUACAUGCCCGUGUCCAUCAUCCUCAACCUCACCGUCCAGCGGGGCAACACCAUGGACACCAGGCUGGGCGCGAUCGUCGUGUCCCCCGCGACGCUCUUCGUCAUCCCGACGGUCUUCCAGCUGGUGAUCCUGGUCGUGUACGACCGCCUGCUCGUCCCGCUCCUGCGUAGGGCCACCGGCUACGUCGGCGGCGUCACGCACCUCCAGCGCAUCGGCGUGGGCUUCGUGGCCGCGGUGCUGGCCAGCGCCGUCGCGGCGCUCGUGGAGACGAGGAGGAAGGGGGUGGCGCGCAGGAGCAGCUUCGUGGACUCGCCCGCUGGCGGGGAACCGAUGUCGGUCUUCUGGCUGACGCCGCAGUUCUUUCUCCUCAGGGUGGUGGACGUCACCUCCUUCGUCGGCCUCCUCGAGUUCUUCUACAGCGAGGCCUUCGCCGGGAUGAAGUCCAUCGGGAGCUCCGUGUUCUACUGCAUGUUGGGGCUGGCCGCCUGGUUCUCGACCUUGCUGAUCCAGCUGGUGAACCGUGCCAUGAGGCGCGGUGGUGGGGCGGCAGGGUGGCUGGAUGGAGCCAACCUCAACAGGAGUAGGCUUGAUUCCUUCUACUGGUUGGUCUGUGUUCCUGAGCUGGUGUCCUUCAUGGUCUACCUGUUCUGGGCGAGGAGGUACGUCUACCGGAAUGACCAAAGGGUCGCCGCUGAAGAUGACAAGAAGACUAUUCCAUCAGCUGCUUAUGUGGAUGGGAUCUAA